AUGAAAAGGAGCAGCAGAGGGAGAAGCGUAGAGUGUAGGAGUGGUGGAGGGUGCGAAAGGGAGGCAGAGGGGGGGAAAGUCCCCCUCGGAGGGGAACUGGCCGGAGUGAGCUGGCUGGAAAGAGGGGGCGGAGUGCGCGGAGUCAGAGCAGCCGCCGCUGCCGCAGUUGCCGCCACUGCGGCGUCUAGGCUGAGCCGGCGGGAGGCGGGGGGACGCGCAGGGGCGGCCGCCACUGUCGUCAGGCCACCGGGGCCAUGCGGCCGCUGCCUGAGCCUCGCUAACUCUGGGCGAAAGAGGAGGAGGAGGAAGGGGCUGGGAUGUCCCGCAGUGGGGUGUGCUCUUCUCUAAAAACAUUUUUUUCCCCCUCCAGAAGCAGUCAGUUCCCUGCACCCAACACCUAACAGCCCUUCCUCCGUGCGCCCCGCGGGGCCAGCUAGGCGGCGGCGCGGCUCGGCGGAGCGGCCCAUGUCCGGCGCGGGCGAAGCUGUCGCUCCCCGGCCCGCGGGGCCGCAGCGCGCGGCCGAGGCGGGCGGCGGCCGGCUCGGCGCCCCGGCCCAGGGAAAAUGUGAUAAAGACAAUACUGAGAAAGAUACAACCCAAGCUACCAAUAGCCACUUCACACAUGGAGAGACACAAGACCAGUCCAUUUGGGGAAAUCCUCUGGAUGGUGAACUCAUCAGAACCCAACCUCAGCGCUUGCCUCAGCUUCAAACUUCAGCACAGGAACCGAGUGAGGAGGAAAUAAGCAAGAUAAAGAACGGCCACACAAGUCUGAGCAAUGGAAAUGGAAUUCACCACGGGGCCAAACAUGUAUCCGCAGAUAAUCGCAAACUUUCAGCACCUGUUUCUCAAAAAAUGCAUAGAAAAAUUCAGUCCAGCUUGUCUGUAAACAACGAUAUCAGUAAAAAGAGCAAAGUAAAUGCUGUCUUUUCCCAAAAGACAGGCUCUUCACCUGAAGACUGUUGCGUCCACUGUAUCCUGGCGUGCCUGUUCUGUGAAUUCCUGACCCUCUGCAAUAUUGUCCUGGGACAAGCAUCGUGUGGCAUCUGCACCUCAGAAGCCUGCUGCUGUUGCUGUGGAGAUGAAAUGGGGGAUGACUGUAACUGCCCUUGUGACAUGGACUGUGGCAUCAUGGACGCCUGUUGUGAAUCAUCAGACUGUUUGGAAAUCUGUAUGGAAUGCUGUGGAAUCUGUUUUCCUUCAUAAGUAUUUAUCUUUUGUUUGUGUUAAAA